AUGGGGAAGAAUAGGUUAAAGACGAAACAGUUCGCCGCGACGAAGCGCAUGAUCAACCCGAAAGAGAUCGCAAAGACGCGAAAGGGGGCGGAGAAGAGCGGUGAGAGCGAAAAGAGGAAAAACAGAGACGCCCUGACGCUGAAGCGCGUCGAGACGCAGAGCGCUGGGAUGUUCGGGCGGUACAACUCGACGUUAAAGCCGCCGUACAACGUCCUGGUGGACACGAACUUUAUCAACUUUAGCAUUAAGAAUAAGAUUGACCUGGUGAAGGGGAUGAUGGAUUGCUUGUACGCCGAGUGCGUCCCGCACAUAACGGAUUGCGUCGUGGCGGAGUUAGAAAAACUCGGGCAGAAGUAUCGGGUGGCGCUGAGGAUUUCAAAGGAUCCCAGGAUCGAACGUCUGCCGUGCGAUCACAAGGGGACGUACGCGGACGAUUGUAUUUGCGAGCGCGUCAAGGCGCACCGGUGUUACAUCGUGGCGACGUGCGACACGGAUCUCAAACGUAGGAUACGGAAGAUUCCGGGCGUGCCCAUCAUGUACGUCGGGAAUCAUAAGUAUGCGAUCGAGCGUUUGCCCGAAUCGACGCAAAUCGGGAACAGUUGA